GGGUCAGGGUGAGAAUAUUGCACAAACAUAUAUCAACUGAACGCGGAAGUACUUCAAACAAGCGCCCAAAUGUCGGAAGGGUUAGGGACUAGGGUUUUCAAAAAUUCUGAAACUCUGAGUUACGAAAUGGCUUCUGCGGUGAAGAAGAAGAAGAAAGCAACAAUCACAAUUGAAUCUCAAGGCGAAGACAGGCUCAGCGCACUGCCAGAUGAACUGAUUCACAAAAUCUACUCAUUUCUAGAUACUAAAGAGGCAGUUCAAGCCAGCGUUCUCUCCAAACGAUGGAAGCUUAUGUGGACUACUCUCCCUUUCAUUUCUUUUGGUCGGUACCUGGAAUCUAUGGACAUUUUCACCAUACAUGCUUUGUUGAAUAUACCCAAUUAUGCUAUGUUUAUUCGCCAUGUAUUGACUAACCGAAACCAUCAAUCGAAUAUUUCCGAAUUGAGAAUGUGUGUUCCCGCGAGAUUAACUGUACCGCAGAGUGUUUCGAGGAAGAGGUUUCGUGGAUGUGUGAUUCAGAGGUUUAUCCAGUAUGCAAUUGAUCAUAAUGUGGAAUGUUUAGAUAUUGCCUUACGUUAUAACCAUAAGGCUCGUAAGUUAUCUCCCUUUAGCUCCAAGGUUUUGAGAGAACUCACAUUAGAUAUGCCUCUUGAGGUAUGUCCAGUGGAACCGGAUUGUUGGGAUUUGCCUGCUUUAACUACUCUUCACUUGAAAAAUGGUUCCCGUUCCAUGUUACAUUACUGGGAACGGGGUGUACAUCCCAAGUUACCUGAGUUAUGGCUGACCUCCUUGCCUGCCUUGAGAACGUUGCAGCUUGACUCUUGGGAUAUAUCAGAAACGUCUUUUUCUCUGCCUAAUCUAACAUCCCUCCGUCUGUGUUACUGUAAAAUAUCCAAAAUGGUAUGGGAUCUCCCAGCUUUAAUGAAUCUACAUCUGGAUGAUAGUGCUCUUCCCAAGAAUCUGAGUGACAUGUUCUCCAACCUUGACAGUCUAAAAAAUCUCACAUUAGUUAUACUCAAGUCUAUUCAAGAAGUUCAUAUCAUAUCUUGUCCUCAAUUGCUGAACCUGAAUAUCAGGAUCAGUCGUGAACCUCCUAAUGAUGCUCCUCAUGGUAUGAUUGUGGUUUCGGCUCCACAGCUCUGCAACUUCAGUUCUUUUGGUAUAUUUUUAAUUACGUUUAAAGCUGCUGAGGUGGAGAAUAUCGAUGUAAAGUUAAAGGAUUGGCUCAAAUAUGUGGGCCCCGGAGAUAUGCAAAUAUACCGUCAGUGGUUUACAUGUAUGCUUUCAGGACUUGGUGCUGCAAAGAAUCUUUCCUUUGACUUGGAGAGCAUUCAGGCACUUGCUAAGCAUUACGAUCUAGCAAGUUGUUCUUCUCCAUUCUAUAACUUGAAGUGUGUGAAGCUACCAAAAGAAUAUAGAGAAUCAAGUGUACCUGGUUUUCUACGACGCUACUUACUUAAUGGCUCUCCUGGAGCAACCAUUGUCACAUCACUGCCUCGGACCCAAACACGAGCAGUUUCAGUGGCAGCUGAAAAUAUGGUGCUCCCAGAGCCCAUGGCAGCUCCAACUAAGGAACUUGGUGAUUGUCAAAAUAUAAAUGAAGCUGUGAGUUCUGACACUCUUGACACGGGGGUUCGAGAACCGUAUGUGAUGGAGAAUUCUUCAGAUAAUGCCAACAGAUCUAGACAAACUAAUCCUGCUCUUGUGGGGGUAAGCAACGAUCGGGCAAGCUCUUCUCAGGGUAAUAAAGAUAUCGGGUUAUGGCAGGGCCAUAAGGUCAACUCUGAGUUUGUAUGUCUACUCGAUCGCAUUUUCCACAAAUACCCGGAAACCUUUGAUCAAUUCACCUCAAAAAACAAGAAAUUAUGUACAAUGAAUUUGAAUAUGCUGUGCACCUCUGUGAACGACUUCACCAAAACAUUCUUGAAUGAGGUUGAUUCUGAAAUGAUUGCUGAUUACAGGGAUGCAUUUGCUUACUUGGGGAAUCGAGGAUUGAACAUAGGAUGGUUGAGAAGGCGCCUGAACUAUAUAGAACAUCUUAAGUUCUCAAAGCCCCUGAUUCCCGAGCUUCAUGCAAUUGACUGUCAUAUUGAUGAUGCUAAAAGGCAAAAUUUGCAGAGUAAACUACAUGUUUUGCAGGCUUUCCGCAGGGCGAAGAUGUCAGAGAUUCAAAAAGCUUUUGGAACUAUGGGUACUAGACUUACCGCUGGUUUCAUCGGAGAUGAUCUCCUAUCUGGUCCCUAACCUUCAUAAAUUUGUUGUGCCAUUGACAGUUUUCUGGAUGUGUAAAUAACUUUCAUUACUGUCCUGGUUAUUGACUUUCUAUGCUGUUGUUCUUGUUUGGUUUUCUAAGAAUUAGGAACUGUUAUAGAAGUCUCUGAAUGCUUAUUGACUUUGUAUGGCAUGUUUUAAGAAGUUUCAAACUUACAUUUUGCGACAUUAGGCAAAAGACCUCAUCAACAAAAGGUCUACUUAAAGAAUGAGCCUUGCAUGA